UUUUAAAGAUCAAAUUACGCCAAUUGUAUUUCAUUCAAUAUCGUAAAUAUGUCGGCACAGAAUGCUUCACGUCUCGGAUGGAUAGGUCUCGGAUCGAUGGGCCUCGCAAUGGCCACGAACAUUCAAAAACACUUGAAUGAGAAUGAAGCCGCUCCUCUAAGAUACUUCAAUCGAACUAUAUCACGAGGUGAGGCACUGAAGGAAAUCGGCGGUGUACCAGGGGAUUCAAUUGCGAAAUUGACAAAUGAAUGCGAUAUUAUCUUCAUUUCGGUCAGCAAUGACGAAGUCGCGAAGAGCGUUAUCAAUGACAUUCUUGCUAGCGACUUAACAUCGCCCAAAAUCAUUGUCGACACCACCACAGUACAUCCCGAUACAUCGGCCUCACUAUCAGAACAGGUUCUUUCAGCAGAUCAUUCCUACGUCGCAGCACCUGUAUUCGGCGCGAAACCUGUGGCCGAGGCUGGUCAACUCCUUGUGGCUGUUGCUGGACAAGACUCAGCCGUUGAGGCCAUCACUCCCUAUCUCCAAGGUGUGCUGGCACGCUCAGUCAUCCGUGUUGGGACCGAUCCAUCAAAGGCACUUCUCUUGAAAACCACAUCGAACUUUUUGACAGCUGGGAUGAUGUAUCUAGUUUCAGAGGCGCACACAUUAGCAGAGAAAUCGGGGCUUUCUACUUCGGUGCUGGAGUCGUUGAUCGAGCAGAACUUUGGUGCGUAUGCUGGUGGAGUGAGUAAACGAAUGACCCAAGGCGUAUACUUUCCCGCGCAGGGCGAAGGCCCUUAUUCAGAUCUAGAUCUCGGGAUAAAAGAUGUCGGGCACGGCUUGGGUAUUGCUCGGGAUAACGACAUGACUUUGGAGGUUGGCGAAUUGAGUAUGCGAGCGAUGGAGAAAGCCCGGGAGUAUGGCGUGGAACGAGGCCGAAAGCUUGACAGCAGCAGUGUUUAUGGCGCUGUAAGGCUGAAUGCUGGGCUUGAAUUCGAGAACGACACGGUGAAACGUAGAGAUGUGGAGAAGAGAUAGAAAUGCUGUUCACCAAUGUAGCAUAAGUAAUCGGCAUAAUUUCAGGGCCAUGAGUAAGAAAUGUCAGCAU